CAUGAAGUUAGGUGAUUUUCAGAACGACGACCAUGUUGUCAUUAAUCUCUUUCUCUUUCGUUGUUGUCAUCGUAGUCUUCAAAUCGUACGGAUCUCAUUUCAGAGAUGAUUUUUUUCAUCGUCUGCUCAAAGCAGACGACAAAGUGGUGAUGAAAAAAGUUCUAGCGGAGUUCAGGGGUGUCUCUGUUCGACACUGUGGCUUGAAGUGUUUGGAACACUACCUGUGUUCUUCCUUCUUCAUCAACAGAGAAAACAAGCACUGCAAACUCGCAGGAGAAGUCGACCUUAAUAAUCUCGUCUUCUCGCCUGGAUACAGAUACUAUGUGUCGGACGACUGUAAACGGAGUAUGCUGGGAUGGGAGUACACGGGAACGAGAGAUAGAACUGUGGAUGGGAUACUCUGUCAGCGCUGGGAUCAACAAUAUCCACGUCAACACACGUACGACCUCCUCUCAAGUGAACACAAUUAUUGCAGAAAUCCUGCUAAAGCAUACGCUAAAGGUCCGUGGUGCUAUACGACGCAGGGAGACAAACCCUGGAAUUACUGUUUCGUUCCAAAAUGCGUGACUGCAGCACGCGAGUGUCGCACAACAAAGAGAGGAGAGGACUACUUUGGUACAGUGAACGUUACCACUACCGGGAUAGAGUGUCAGAGGUGGGGGAAUAAGUCCCCCAGGGUCCAUGAUUACACCAUUCUCAGGCAGGAGAAAAACUACUGCAGGAAUCCCUUUGGAGAGAAGAAGGCACCCUGGUGUUACACAUUGUGGGGGCAAUAUGAAUUUGGCUAUUGUGACAUUCCAAAAUGUUAAACUUGUAAUAUUGA